CUCAGUUGAGGUGUGCUUGGGAAAACUCUCGCCAUCCUUGGAUAUCCCGCAACACCUCUCCAUCUCACACUUGCGCAGUCCAGUCCUACUAGUCGCAUCCAUCUCCCGUCUUCUCUACCACCGUCACCAAUGUUCACUGCGAGGCAAAUCUUCGCUCAGGUGCAGCGCCGCACCUUCUCGGCUUCCGCCCGUCAGGCGUCCAAAGUCACCGUUCUCGGUGCUGCCGGCGGCAUUGGCCAGCCUUUGUCGCUCUUGUUGAAGCUCAACCCCAGAGUCAGCCAAUUGGCCCUCUAUGAUAUCCGUCUUGCUCCCGGUGUCGCUGCCGACAUUGGCCACAUCAACACCAAGAGCGAGGUUCGGGGUUACGAUGCUACUCCCUCGCAACUGGCCGAGGCGCUGAAGGGCUCUGAGAUUGUUCUCAUUCCUGCUGGCGUUCCCCGCAAGCCUGGAAUGACCCGUGAUGAUCUCUUCAACACCAACGCCUCCAUCGUCCGCGAUCUGGCCAAGGCUGCUGCCGAGCACUCCCCUGAGGCCAACAUCCUCAUCAUUUCCAACCCUGUCAACUCCACCGUUCCCAUCACCGCCGAAGUCUUCACGUCCAAGGGCGUCUACAAUCCCAAGCGACUCUUCGGUGUGACUACGCUUGACGUUGUCCGCGCCUCUCGCUUCAUCUCCGAGAUCAAGAACACCGACCCUGCCAACGAGAACAUCACCGUUGUUGGCGGUCACUCCGGUGCCACCAUCGUUCCGCUCCUCUCCCAGUCUGGCUACAACCUCGAGGGCGAGAAGCUGGAUGCCUACGUAAACCGCGUCCAGUUCGGUGGUGACGAGGUCGUCAAGGCCAAGGCCGGUGCCGGUUCCGCCACCCUCUCCAUGGCCAUGGCUGGUGCUCGCUUCGCCGAGAGCCUGCUCAAGGCCGCCCAGGGCCAGAAGAACGUCAUCGAGCCCACCUUCGUCGACUCGCCGCUCUACAAGGACCAGGGCUGCGACUUCUUCGCGUCCAACGUCGAGCUCGGCCCCAACGGUGUCGAGAAGAUCCACCCCGUCGGCAAGAUCACCGCCAAGGAGCAGGAGCUUCUCGGUAAGUGCCUCGAGGGCCUGAGCAAGGACAUCAAGAAGGGCGUUGAGUGGGCCAAGGCCAACCCGUAAGCAGCCCCAGGCACGGUGGCUUUUGAGUAGGGUAGGAGUGUAGGAAAGGCGACAUAAACAGCUUCGAAUGCUUGCAUCAUGGGGUCACCGGCGCUGGACUGGACUGGACUGAAAACUGCAAACUGGUGUACCUAACUGAGCGUUUGGUGGUUCAAAUGUGUGUAUUUUGUUGCCUUGUAGGAUUGCGCGAAAAAAUGUACACAUUAUCACUUUCUGCCA